CUAGAAGUCCAAACAGUCAACAAUGUCUUGUCGGGUUGACAUGAAAAAUGUCCGCUGCGGAAUAUAUUCUAGCUUCCAAUUUAUCUUUAUAUUAACAGUUUUAUCAUUUUUAGGACCUAGAAUCGCUUAUUCACACAAAAGAACUAAUUUAAUAGCUGAUUUUUCAAACGAGACAGUGGUCAGUCGCAUCGCAUUUGGGAGUUGCAACAUUCAAUACAAGCCUCAGCCUUUAUGGAAACAUAUUCAAAAACAAAGCCCUGAAGUAUUUAUAUGGUUAGGAGAUGCUGUGUAUGCAGAUAUCAAAGUUGCACCUUUUAUCUGGAUGCCAGCCCCUAUAGCACAAGUUGCGUCCAAGUUUAAUCAGCAAAAAAAUAACCCUGACUACAAGAACUUUCUCUCAUCCGGGGUGCAAGUUCUUGGGGUGUGGGAUGAUCAUGACUAUGGCAUCGACAGAGGGGGCAAGCAUCAUCGGGACAGACUCCAGUCCCAAGGAGUGUUCCUGGAUUUCCUGGAUGAGCCAGUUGACAGCCUACGCCGCCAGAGAGAGGGUGUCUAUGCAUCUUACAGCUAUGGCACGGGUGAUAAGACAGUCAAGAUUAUUCUAUUGGACACCCGCUCGCAUCUCAAGCGAGGUUCAGAUUGCGACAUCCUUGGAGACGAGCAGUGGGCGUGGCUUGAGCGACAGUUGAAUGACACUGCGACAGUGACGUUGAUUGGCACAGGGAUACAAGUCUUGUCCGACCUGCCUAUCACGGACAAAUGGCUGACGUGUCCGAACAGCUAUGACCGCUUAUUGUGGAUGUUGCAAAGAUUACCAAGGGUAUUUCUUCUAAGUGGCGAUGUUCACUUCGGCGAGUUCCAGUGCCUUAACAGCACCAGUACAGGGUACCCGCUUUAUGAGGUAACAUCAAGUGGUAUGACUUCAGUCUGUGUGUCAUUCAUCUCAAAGGAGUUCUGUUAUUGGCUUCUUACUAAGGUAGGAGUGUCGUCAUUGAGAACGCAUGACGUCAUCACCGAGAUAAAUUAUGGAAUGGUCAAUAUAGAUUGGGAUGCUUCGCCGGUCGAGGUAUCUUUAGAAGUUCGUGGACCACAGGGAGCCCAUCUCCAGCAAGUGAUACCGCUCAGUGAUCUCGAGCUGUCACGUGACGCACCACGGUGUCCGCCUGCUAGUGCCCAAGCCCCCGCAGUCACCAGGAUAGGUUUCUUUGGCGCGUUAUAUAUACUGGUGGCCUUUAUCUUAUUAUUUAUACUAAGAAUUCUUAUCAAAUUUCUCAAGUUAGUUCUCGUCAGGAUAGUAUUACCAAUCCUUGGAAUCGGCAUAACAUCUCCCGCAUUCCACCCAACCAAUGGCAAGAUAAAAAGCGAGUAGGCAACACUUCAGAUUGCCUGUGGUGGCUCCCGAAGCACUAGACAGGGAAUACCUGUAGUGGUUGUUUUACGCACUGGAUUACUGUGGCAUACGUCGCCAAACGCUCGUACCAUCUUCGUACCCAGGGUCCUCGCUUGACCCAUAAUCGAAGACUCUGCGCCUUUUAAAAGCCACUGGAUCAUCGAGCAGUGCUGAACGUUUUUGGAAGAGGUGCUAUGUGUAGUUAGAUAUAAGGCACGAACAAUGCUUUUGUGAAGAAUGCAGUAUUGUAGCAAGUCUUAACAUGGUUGUCUUUGUUGAAAUGCUGCUUCUCUUGCUGCUUCUGGGAUUGCAAUACGGUAAAAAUGAACGCUACAUUUGUAAAUUAUUUAAAUCGAUAUUCUUAUUGUUAUUUUAGCAAAAUUAUGGGUAUAUAUAAAUUACAGUAUGACUUAAAUAAUAUGAUGAAAUAUUUAAUCAAUGUUAAAAGGUAUAUAUAAAAUAUAUGUUUAAGGAGUUGUGAAUGGUCACCAAAGCCACGUCAUCAUAAA